UUCCAUCCCAUCAACGAAAAACAUACAUUAUCCUAACUUCAAGAUGAAACUCAACGGGUGAGAGAAAGAAAACGAAAACGAAAGAGAAGGCUAUUAUCCUCAAAUCAUUGCGGCUUUAGCUUUCUCUUCCUCCUAAUAUCAUCCUGCUUCCUGCAUAUAUUGAUAUAUGUAUAUAUACAUGCAUGCUUAACCGGAUGCGAAAGCUUUGUCCGAAUUUGGACAAAGAAGAUGGGCUGGAGACGGUGCUCGAGGUGCCGAUACCGGAGGAAAUGUUGGGCUGCGGCAACACCGCCGUGGGCUGGAAAAACCUCCGCCAUCGCAUGAAGGCUUACCAAAAGUCGUCGUCCUCUUCCCCGCCGUCGUCUGAUCACGAUGAAAAUCUUUUCCUGCUUAAGAUCGUCGGCUCCGCCUUAAUCCCUUUCAAGGCUCAAUCUGAUCGUGCCCUCACCAUGCCCGUCCGUGAUUGUUCCAUUGAGGCUUCAACGGCAAGAUAUAUAGUGCAACAAUACCUAGCAGCAACAGGAGGCCUUGGCGUGUUGAAUUCAAUCAAGAAUAUGUACGCGGUGGGGGAGGUGAAGAUGACAACCUCGGACGUGCAAAAGGGCGGCGGUCAGCGGCGGCUGCAGGCUUCAAACACCGCCAUGCGCAACAACUGUGAGGUUGGGGGGUUUGUGUUAUGGCAAAAGAACCCUGACCUGUGGUUCCUUGAAUUGGUCAUCUCCGGCUGCAAGAUCAGCGCCGGCAGUGAUGGCAAGGUUGCUUGGACUCAAUCCUCUUCCAACUCUAAUCCCUCCAAAGGCCCUCCCAGACCACUCCGAAUGUUUUUCCAGGGACUUGAUCCGAGAUCAACGGCAAACCUAUUCUUGAACGGGAUUUGCAUUGGGGAAAAGAAAGUAGGGGAAGAAGAGUGUUUCAUAGUGAAGGUGGAGACAAGUGCAGAAGUGUUGAAAGCACAAAGCACAUCCAACACGAACGCCGUUCACCACACAAUGUGGGGAAGUUUUAGCCAAAGAAGCGGUCUCCUCACCCAAUUUCAAGACACCAAGUUGGUAAGGCUGAAGACGACAUCCGGCGACGAUGAUGAUCGGAGCGUGUUCUGGGAAACAAACAUGGAAUCUGUGUUGGAAGACUAUAGAUAUGUCGAGGGAGUCAACAUUGCACAUGGAGGGAAGACUAUUGCUAUGAUAUAUAGGUAUGGGGAUGAUAAGAGCUAUAGGGCAAAGAUUGAGGAGACUUGGAGAAUUGAGGAGAUUGACUUUAAUAUUUGUGGUUUGUGUCGGGAUUCCUUUUUACCACCCGCAUACUAAGUCAAAUUGGUUGUAUAUGGGACUAAAAAGUCCGGAUAUGCUCACAUGGGAGUGUUUUUGUUCUUGUUCUUAAAUAGGACCAUAUUUCCGUAUUAUUCCUAUUUUACCCUUAAUUAUUUGUCCGCUCCACUUAAGUUCCAAGACCCUUGUUCCUUUUCUCUUUGUUUUCUAUUUGCUUCGCAGGUAAUGGUGCUCAACGACACCCAGGCAGCGGACGACAAAGUCAUGGACGACGAUGGGAUGAAGAAUUGAAAGCAAUCGGAAAAUUCCAUGAACGGCGGUGAGGUGUUGCACACAGGAUGACUGCAAAAGUCCGACAUAACAGGUUCUCGGUUCAUCUUUUCGUCGCAGGAAUACCGGAAUAGAGCUCAGAGAUCUACAUCGGCGGAGGUUAGAUCUCUAACGGUGGAGGUCGGAUCUAAUCUGGCGGCGGCCAAAUCUGCAAGGCCGGCAGCUGGCUGCCAGGGGUGGCCAGAUCUGCUCAGAUCUACGGCGGCGGAAGAAUCUGCGGCGGCAACGGCCAGAUCCGUAGUGGCAGUGACCAGAUUUGCGCCGGUGACUAGUUCGGCAGUAGUUGCGGUGGCCGGCGGCGACUGGAGACCGGAGGCGGCAUGGUGUUUUGUCGGCUGUAGUAAGUUAGCUUGAGGGUAUAUCUGCGCAGAUACAAAUAUUAACUCUUAUUUGGGUCUUGAGCGAUUGAACAAAACAUGC